AUGUCAUCGGUGCGUGCCAAACUUCUGCUCCUGGCCUCCAGGCUACUCCGCCUCCCCUCAUCGUCAGGGGAUUUUUUGCUUCCCCUGUCAUCUUGCUGUGGUAGAGCGAUUUUUGCCCGGAGGCCGCGAACUCCAUACCGCCAGAUCGCCCUGUUUGCUCGGAUAGCAGUAACAAUCCUUUUGUGUGAUAUCGUACUGACAUCCAUCUUCUGGCCUUCGUACACCCGCCUUCCACCUUGCUAUGAGAACCUCAAAAAAGUGGUUUCCACUUCUAGCACCGCCGGGCGUGGCAACACUCAUAAUGAGAAAGUAUUCAUCGCCGCCGUUUUGUACGAUCCCCAUGGGGAGCUCGCCGGCGGCCAAUGGGGUGAUGCGCUCGGGCAGCUGAUCGACCUACUCGGGCAAGACAACGUCUUCCUCAGUCUGUAUGAGAACAACAGCGGGGAAAAGGGCCGACAAGCUCUCGAGGCCCUAUCACACCGGAUCCCAAGCAACAAGUCUAUUGUGGUCGAUGUCGAUGAACACACUACCUUCGACAGCUUCCCUCGCGUCACACUCCCCAACGGAGAGAGACGCAUCAAGCGCAUCGACUACCUAGCUGCACUCCGGAACUACGCUCUGCGGGCCCUUGAUGAACAGAGCCAUUUUAAGUACGACAAACUUAUCUUCCUCAACGACGUCUACUUCAAACCCGUCGAAGCCCUCCAGCUCCUCUUCUGCACAAACGCUCAUACCCGGCGGACUACCCCAGCCUACCGCGCGGCUUGCGCCGUUGACUUCAGCAACCCGUUCAAAUUCUACGAUAGCUACGCCACGCGCGACCUUGCAGGAUACGGCAUCGGCCUCCCGUUUUUCCCCUGGUUCACGACAGCAGGGCACGGAAAGAGUCGGAGGGAUGUGCUAGCAGGCCGGGACGCCGUGCGCGUGCGCAGCUGCUGGGGCGGGAUGGUCGCGUUCAAUGCGUGGUAUUUCCAGAAGGAAUACCCUGUGCGGUUCCGCGCUAACAAUGAGAUAUUCUGGGAUGCGUCGGAGUGUUGUCUUGUGCAUGCGGAUAUGCAGGAUGCGCCGGGCGUUGUAGACGAGAUUCAAGAUACGGGGGUGUAUAUGAAUCCGUUUGUGCGGGUGGCUUAUACGCCGAGGACGUUGAUGUGGCUGGGGACUACACGGCGGUUUGAGCGGUUAUAUGCGUGUGUGCAUGAUCUGCUGAACAGGGUUGUUGGGCUGCCGUGGUAUAAUCCGCGGAGGACGGAGGUACCGGGAACGAAAGUGCAGCAGGAGGUGUGGGUGCCGGGUGAGGGAGGACGGGGUGGUGGUUCGUUUCAGACGGUGGAGGUGACGGGAGGAAAUGAUGGGUUCUGUGGCCGACGGGGAAUGGAAGUGGUUGUGGAGGAUAGGAAACCAGGUCAGGAUGGGUUCGAAGCUCUACCUGUUCCGUCUCAAUAA